AUGCCUGUCGUAACACCGGAAAAGUUAGCAAGCCUGCAAAGGCAGUCAAAUGAUAUCAGAAAUAUUUGUAUCUUGGCUCAUGUUGAUCAUGGCAAAACAUCGCUCACCGAUGCCUUACUCGCCACAAACGGCAUCAUCUCACCAAAACUGGCUGGCAAGAUUCGAUAUCUCGACUCACGGCCAGACGAACAACUUCGAGGAAUCACCAUGGAAUCUUCAGCCAUCUCAUUAUUCUUUUCCAUGCUUAGACGAUCUGCGCCUGAAGCGGCACCUGAGCCUAAAGAGUACCUCAUCAAUCUAAUCGAUUCACCUGGACACAUUGACUUUAGCAGCGAAGUUUCCACAGCGUCACGGCUUUGCGAUGGAGCUGUAGUUCUCGUGGACGCUGUUGAAGGAGUUUGCAGUCAAACCGUUACUGUCCUGCGGCAAACAUGGAUAGAAAAAUUAAAGCCCAUAUUGGUGAUUAACAAGAUGGACCGGUUGGUGACUGAGUUGAAGAUGACGCCCGCCGAAGCCUAUGUUCAUCUGAGCAAACUCCUCGAACAAGUCAAUGCUGUUUUGGGAAGCUUUUUCCAGGGUGAACGAAUGGAAGAGGAUCUCAACUGGAGGGAAAAGAUGGAGGAAAGGGUGAAUGCGGCCGUCGCGGCCAAAGCCUCUGCUGACGAUGACUUUUCAGAUGCUGGCGACCUUCAAUUCGAAGAGCGUGACGACGAAGACAUCUACUUUGCUCCGGAAAAGAAUAAUGUCAUCUUUAGUAGUGCUAUUGAUGGAUGGGCGUUUACAUGCCGGCAAUUUGCUAGUUUAUACGAGAAGAAACUAGGCAUUAAGCGAGGACUGAUGGAAAAGGUUCUGUGGGGGAAUUUUUACCUCGACCCGAAGACGAAAAAGGUUUUGGGUCCCAAACACUUAAAGGGGCGAAAUCUCAAGCCAAUGUUUGUUCAGUUGGUUCUCGAGCCGGUCUGGACAGUCUACCAAGCAACAUGCGGUGGUGACAAUGGCAAGGGUGAUCCGGCACUGCUUGAAAAGGUUACGAAAUCAUUGAGUCUAACUAUACCACCACAUAUUAUUCGAGCCCGUGACCCGAGGUUGCUCCUAACGACUGUCUUUGCCUCCUGGCUGCCGCUCUCAACAGCCGUCUUGGUGUCUGUUGUUGAGUCUUUACCCUCACCACCUGCUGCCCAGGCGGCGCGAAUUCCCGAUCUCAUUGAGCAAUCACCAGGAUCGGCAGUUGUCAACAAGUCUAUCAAGGAAGCAAUGAUCUCUUUCAAACAUGACAAGUCGGACCCUGUGGUCGCCUAUGUCAGUAAGAUGGUCUCGAUCCCAGAGAGCGAGUUGCCUGAAAAUAAGCGAAAGCCGGGGCAGAUGAGUGGCGAGGAAGCGCGAGAGCUGGCGCGCAAAAAGCGAGCCGAGGCAGCCAAAGCCGCACAGGAGGCAAACAAGGACUCUAUGAACGACCUGACCACGGCACUUGAUAAUACUCACAUUAAUAAUGAUGAAACGGAGGAGCAAAAAGUAGAUCCAGAACACUUGAUUGGAUUUGCACGAAUCUACUCGGGAACCUUAUCAGUUGGCGACACACUGUACGUUAUUCCUCCGAAAUGGUCACCGGCAAAUCCGACAGCGGAACCACAACCUCAAGAAGUAGCAGUCAGUGCUCUGUACAUGCUCAUGGGGCGAAAUUUGGAAUCACUCGACUCGGUGCCUGCAGGUGUCGUCUUCGGUAUCGGCGGCCUCGAGGGCAAGAUUCUCAAAUCUGGGACUCUUUGCAGCCGACUCGAUGGAGCAAUCAACCUGGCCGGAGUGAGCAUGGCAGGAAAGCCUAUUGUUCGAGUAGCCCUGGAGCCGGUGAACCCAGCCGACCUGGACAAGAUGAUUCACGGCCUGGAGCUCCUUGUGCAGAGCGACCCGUGUGCAGAGUACGAGCGAUUUGCGAGCGGUGAGCACGUGUUACUAACGGCUGGUGAACUUCACCUGGAGCGCUGUCUUACCGAUCUCAAAGAAAGGUUUGCACGGUGUGACAUUCAAGCUGGAGCUCCCAUCGUUCCAUACAGAGAGACGAUUGUCCGCGUGGACGAGAUGAGGCCCCCAGUAAACAAGGAGCUCGGCAGAGGUGCUGUCGUGGGGACCACAAGCUCAAAACAAGUCACGAUAUCACUACGAGUUCGGCCCCUUCCAUCGGAUGUCACAGACUUUCUCCUCAAGAACGGCGAUGCCAUCAAGCGCCUAUACACGGAAAGCAAAGCCACCGAGAACGGUGAGGACCAGGAGCAGGCAGACGGUCAGGACAAUAUUGUCGCCGACACAGCAGUCACCGCGGCAAAUACACUAUCCGUCGACGAGCUCAAGAAGCAACUUCAGAAGCAGCUGGAAACCGGCAAAGGUCGAGAUAUCUGGAAGAACCGAGUAGACAGCAUUGCCGCAUUUGGUCCCAGAAGAACAGGCCCCAAUCUACUCAUCGACGCCACCAACGACGCCAUCUUACCCAAGCUAUUUGGAAGCGAGGCAGCAGAGACAAGUGCUCCCCGGGUGGGAGAAGCCCUCCACCCAAGUCACUUAGCAGACAAGAUCACAUAUGCCUUCCAGCUGGCAACGGCUCAAGGCCCUCUAUGCAACGAACCCAUGCAAGGAGUGGCGGUCUUCAUCGAAGACGUCACCCUCGAUCUCCCCGACGACGACACCUCGGCCCGCGACAAACUCAGCCGUCUCACCAGCGAAAUCAUCAAGACGUUCCAGGCGUCCCUGCGCUCCGCCUUCCUCGACUGGUCUUCCCGCCUCAUGCUCGCCAUGUACAGCGUGGAGAUUCAAGCAUCCACCGAGGUUCUCGGCCGGGUGUACGACGUGCUCACCCGCCGUCGCGGACGAGUCGUAGCGGAAACAAUGAAGGAAGGCACGCCGUUUUUCACAAUCCAAGCCGUGUUGCCGGUCGCCGAGAGUUUCGGGUUCGCAGACGAGAUGCGGAAGAGGACGAGCGGCGCGGCGCAGCCCCAGCUUGUGUUUGCGGGGUUUGAAAUUCUCGAUGAAGAUCCGUUCUGGGUGCCAUUUACGGAGGACGAUUUAGAGGACCUAGGUGAGCUGGCGGACAAGGAGAACGUUGCCAAGAGGUAUAUGGACGGAGUGAGGAGGAAGAAGGGUCUGUUGGUGGAGGGGAGGAACGUGGCUACGGAUGCGGAAAAGCAGAGGACGUUGAAGCGGUAG